GCGGACCGCGGACGUUUCCAUUCAUUCAUUUCGGUAAAAGUCAUCACCCAGCAAAGAAGGAGCUGCUGCGUGGCCUCUUUCUUCGUCUUCGUCGUCGCGUUGCGUUGGCUGGAAAAAGUUUAGGCGAUUUUUUAUCGGUGGAAAAUUGGUUGGAAAGUUCGUUUGACUGCGAACCUAGUUGUAAGAAAGUUUGAGUGAAGUGAAAAACGAUUGAAUCCUGUGGAUUCUAGUUACGGGAGCGGUGAAUCAACUUCGGAAAACGAGGUUGGAGUUUUUACGGGAAUAAGAAGAAGACCUAACCCCGAAGGGUAGCGGCAGCAAAAUGGGAAUCAAAUUCCUGGAAAUCAUCAAGCCAUUCUGCAGUAUUCUGCCAGAAAUUGCCAAACCGGAGCGGAAGAUCCAAUUCCGGGAGAAAGUCCUAUGGACGGCAAUUACCCUGUUCAUUUUCCUGGUGUGCUGUCAGAUUCCGCUGUUCGGCAUCAUGAGCUCGGAUUCGGCCGAUCCGUUCUACUGGAUUCGUGUCAUUUUAGCCUCGAACCGAGGAACACUGAUGGAGCUGGGUAUUUCGCCGAUUGUCACCUCCGGGCUGAUUAUGCAGCUGCUGGCCGGAGCAAAAAUCAUCGAAGUUGGUGACAGCCCCAAGGACCGGGCGCUUUUUAACGGAGCGCAGAAACUGUUCGGAAUGGUUAUCACGAUCGGACAGGCCAUUGUGUACGUCAUGACCGGAAUGUACGGCGAUCCGGCCGAGAUCGGAGCCGGUGUUUGCCUCUUGAUCAUCAUCCAGCUGUUCGUGGCCGGAUUGAUUGUGCUCCUGUUGGACGAACUGCUCCAGAAGGGCUACGGCCUUGGAUCCGGAAUUUCCCUCUUCAUUGCCACUAACAUUUGCGAAACGAUCGUCUGGAAGGCAUUCUCCCCGGCUACGGUCAACACCGGCAGAGGCACGGAAUUUGAAGGCGCCGUCAUUGCCCUGUUCCACCUGUUGGCCACCCGUCAGGACAAGGUCCGCGGUCUGCGCGAAGCUUUCUACCGCCAGAACUUGCCCAACCUGAUGAACCUCCUCGCUACGGUGCUCGUUUUUGCGGUGGUUAUAUACUUCCAGGGCUUCCGGGUGGAUCUACCGAUCAAGUCGACCCGCUACCGCGGUCAAUACAGCAGCUACCCCAUCAAGCUGUUCUAUACGAGCAACAUCCCGAUCAUCCUGCAGUCGGCGCUGGUUUCGAAUCUUUACGUCAUUUCACAGAUGUUGGCGGUAAAAUUCCACGGCAACUUCAUCGUCAAUCUGCUCGGAACGUGGGCCGAUGUUAGCGGCGGUGGCCCGGCUCGUGCCUACCCCAUCGGUGGCCUUUGCUACUACCUCUCGCCGCCGGAAAGCCUCUCGCAUAUCCUGCAGGAUCCGAUCCACGCCCUGCUCUACAUCGUGUUCAUGCUCGGUAGCUGUGCCUUCUUCUCCAAGACCUGGAUCGACGUGUCGGGCAGUUCGGCCAAGGACGUCGCCAAGCAACUGAAGGAACAGCAGAUGAUCAUGCGUGGCCAUCGGGAAAGCUCGAUGAUCCAUGAAUUGAACCGGUACAUCCCGACGGCGGCCGCUUUCGGUGGACUGUGUAUUGGUGCCCUCUCGGUGACGGCCGAUUUCAUGGGAGCCAUUGGGUCCGGAACGGGUAUCCUGCUUGCCGUGACCAUCAUCUACCAGUACUUUGAGAUCUUCGUCAAGGAGCAGAGCGAGAUGGGCGGCAUGGGAACGCUGCUGUUCUAGAGCGGAGGAAUCCUGUCGAAGUUCAUCAUCAAUCAUCACUCGUCCUCCGACGUCGGAGGUUUCCUAUUUUCCCGUUUCUCAUUACGAGUACGAGUACUAUCAUGUUCAAGUACUAGAAGAGGCAGUUUUAUUUUUCUUGUUAGGACUUAAAUAUAAAUAAAAAAUCGAUCAUAAAAUACCGAAAAAAUCGAAAAACUUACAAAAUAUCUUAUUGAAACGAACGUUGUUUGUAACGCCAAGUAGCAAACGAUGCAAACGAAGCAAUAAUUAGACGGAAUUCGUCAAGUCAGGAAGUCUCCGAGGUGAAACAUCGAAAGAGAAGAGUUAGGAAAUCAAAGCUAUUAGAAAUCUUCCUAAUAUCUCGGAACAUUAAUAUAUACCUUAUAAGGUGAGCAUUUUUUUGUGUUAUGCGUUUAUUUUUUGUGAGAUGAAUAAAUUAACAAUAAAAACGAUUAGAAAAUAAGA